AUGCCUGUGAACGAUGUAGAGUUGCACGUACCUUGGAUGAACUACUGCAAGAUAACAGCGAAAGAGCACACGACUUUGCCGGCAAGCACGGGUGGCUUAUCAUGCUGCAAACCAGUGCUUUUGGCGGAUUGCACCGACGUUAGCUUAAGCAGGAGCCAAAACGGGGCGACUGCACGCUCGAUGAUGAAGAUAGGAAACCAACGUCACGCGUAUUCAAGAAGGGCAAACAAGUGCGUUGCGACUGGGCUUCCAGCGACGGCAUCGUUGUUGCAAAGUGAAGUUAAUUUCCUGACGGUGAUUAUGGAAGCAUUAGAGGAUGCCGUGACACAAUGCGCAUUUUGCUCGCACAUUGCUAACGUGAGCUUUUCUGGAAGCGUUACGCGUGUUUUUGUCGUGAUCGAACGCCAGCAAGCUGACUUUACAAAAGCAUUGCGUUCGACCAGGCAACUCUCAGUUCUGUUUGGUAUAACGUAA